UAGGAGGGGUCGGAGGUACGAUCUUCCUGACUGACGCGGCGGUCUGUCUGUAGUCAGCGGACGUACGGACCGGCACGGGCGGCUUUGGCAGGAUUUUCCUGGGAAAAAUCUUCACUGAGCACUUUGCUGACAACCAAGGAUGGCAAGCAAGGGGCCCUCAGCCUCUGCAUCCCCUGAGAACUCAAGUGCAGGGGGACCCAGUGGGAGCAGCAACGGCACUGGUGAGAGUGGAGGGCAGGACAGCACCUUCGAGUGCAACAUAUGCCUGGACACCGCCAAGGAUGCUGUCAUCAGCCUGUGUGGCCAUCUCUUCUGUUGGCCAUGUUUACAUCAGUGGUUGGAGACCAGACCUAACAGGCAAGUGUGUCCAGUAUGUAAAGCUGGCAUCAGCCGAGACAAGGUCAUUCCUCUCUAUGGCAGGGGUAGCACUGGGCAGCAGGACCCCAGAGAGAAGACCCCUCCUCGUCCCCAAGGCCAGAGGCCAGAGCCGGAGAAUAGAGGGGGGUUUCAAGGAUUUGGAUUUGGAGAUGGUGGCUUCCAGAUGUCUUUUGGAAUUGGGGCAUUUCCUUUUGGGAUAUUUGCCACAGCAUUUAACAUAAAUGAUGGACGGCCUCCUCCAGCUGUCCCUGGGACACCUCAGUAUGUGGAUGAGCAGUUCCUGUCACGCCUCUUCCUGUUUGUGGCCCUGGUGAUCAUGUUCUGGCUCCUAAUUGCCUAAUGCUGGGCUCCAUAGCCGGGCCUCUGGUCUGGUAAUGUGCCACUUGUUCUCCUGGAUAAUCUUGACCCCUGAACUCAGUGGGGUCAGUAACCCUUCAAGGAGUCUUGCUUCUCUUAGGCACAUGGAACUCAAGACCAGUUGGCAAGGACCCCCACCGCGUGUCCCUACGCAUUAACACCCUUUCGCAACCUCAGGCCUUGGUGCUGAGUCCCUCUCAUGGGUGGCACCAUGAAAUCCUGUUCCAGCUUAUUCAGCAGGUCCUGACUCUUGACAGGGAAGAGAUGGGAGGAAAGAAACUGUGAGGGUUUCUUUCACUGGAGUUUUAUAUUACAAAAACAAAGGGAUGAACCAAAUGGUAUUUAUGGAAACUUUUUUCAUCUCUAAAUAUCCCUUGGUAAGUGACGCCCCACAAGCCAGCCAGGGCUCCUCGCACAGGGAAGUUCUGCCUCCAGAUCCCAGUGCUGCUCUGUUCUUCUCCCCUCCCUUUCCUCAGCCCAGACACAGGAAACUGCUGGCCCAUGAAGAGGAUAAUUGCAUCAGCAGAAGCUGAGGUCACUUCACGAAUCCACCAGAGAUGCGAAGAUCUGUUCCAGGCUGUGGACCUUGCUCAGUGUGUGUGGUUCCAGAAAAGAGCUUAAAGGACCUCUUGCAGAGCUUGUCCCUGAGGAGACAUGUUUCACUCUCAGGUGUCCCCCUAAUCAGCUGUCCCCUCAAAAUUGUGGGCACUUGUUCCCCUCUUCCAGAGGGCAAACAGUCAGAUUACACUGAAGCUGAGAUUGACUGCCUGCGUUAGGAAAGACCUCAAGUUCCAGCCUUUGGUGGGGUUCAGAGCUCUGGUGCAAGAACCACCAAACAUGUAGCACAGGCUCUGAAUGCAUCCUCUCUCAGAACUUGCUCAGAGGAAGCUGGAGGUUUUCCCAGCUGAUAUAGAGGACCACCAGCGUCAGAAACCAAGUUGUUCUUUAUAAUGAGGCAGGGAGUGGGGAGACCGCCACCCUGUGACCCUGCUUUGAGUAGGGCUUGAUAGAGCUCCCCGAAGGCAGGGAAGCCUGGGACUCUCAGCAGCAACCCUCGAUGCUCUGUGAAGACAACAUGGCAGGGCCACCGACCUUCAGGACAUGGAUACGAUAUGGUCUUCCUUCCUCUGGAGUCCAGAUGGAAUUAUCCUUUCUAAACCCUUGAUUUUUUUUUUUUUUAAUUUCACAAGCUUUUUCCUCUGCGUCUAUAGUUGUGAAUCAAACAAUUAGGUCACUGGCCAGGCUCAUCAGAGAAAUUUCAGCUUCCUUGAGACCUUGGUGGUGAUGGAAGGAAGACUUCCACUAGGAGCCUCUUGCUCACUUCUCUAACCCACUCUGCUCCUAGCUCGCCCUGCAGUGCUCAAGAAAUAGGACAAAGCCUUCCCUCAUGUUUUGUUUUUGUUUUUCUCCCAAAAAAUUUUGACUCAAGACCUUGGAUGACACAAGAAGCCCUCCUCCCCUCUGCACAGUGAUGUCCCCCUCCGUUGCACCUGCCAGUGCCCGAGUUCAGUGUUGAAACAGACAAAAUACAAAGUAUUGAGUAGGUGAUUCGUUCAUGAGUCCACUUGGUAGGAAUUAGCCACCAGCUUUACAGUGUGCUGCUGGAUUUUAAACAUUCUUAGGCAUCUCCUCAAGUAUGUUCUUCUUAUUACCUGAAAGCCAAAGUUUCAGGGGCCAUUGGAAUGUCUCUGCUCUAAAGAAAGAAUUGAUGAGAUCCCUUUGCAGUGGCCCCAACCAGUAGAGGGAGAACUUCAGCCCGCUGAGCUCAACAGAAAUGGAUUUGUAGAAGACUUGUGGGUAGGAGGACAAAUCAUUUGGAUUAUGAUGAAAUGGAGUGAGCUCAGGAGAGCACCAGCAAAGGCAUUCAGAAACACACUGGAGCAAAGCUAGGUUGGCUGUUUGCCCUUUGAUUGUGAACCUUGUAAGUCCCCACUCUUACCCUGUGCCAGGAGCUGGGUCAGGAGAGCCAACUUAGGACUGCUGGCUCAGCCCUAGCAGGCACCUUCCCGCCCCUUUGCAGAUUCACCACCCAGCCCUCUACCAAGGCAUUUUUCUUCUUUCCUUCUGUGUGUGUUGUCUGUGUUCUUGCCCACCUCCUACCCCGCCCCCAACCACUCUUGUGGACAAGGACCAGGUCCCGACCACAGUCAGAAAAUGCAAUAUGUAUAGCAGCACACUUGACCAGUCACUGAUUUUUCACUGUUGUGAAAGUGAUUUGAUUUAGAAUUAAACAGUUUUACACUA